AGGGGCUGGAGGUGCCUGUGGGGCCAUGGCCCAAGAGGGCUCUGAGCAUCCUGCACAGGGAGAUACAGACUCCUCCAGCACUCAAGGGCUCUUAUCACCCACCUGCAGCUGGGCUGAGGGGAGAUGCAGCAGACCCUGUGAUGUAAACAGGACUGGGCACUGCAGAAACAGGAGGAAUUGCCAAAUUCAAGUGUUGGAUGAGGUCCCACAUGGGUUGGCAGCUUCAGGGCAUGGGAGGUCAUUGCCCAGAGGAUGGGAGAGGGAAGCUUGGUGGGGUGGUACCCAGACAGACUCCCAGGUCUGCUCUCCAGGCCAUCCAGCCCCUCUGGACUGUGCUCUGCUCACUCAUGCUGGAAGUGCUGGGCAAGCUCAGUCCAGCCAUGAGCGGAUAAGGGGAUCAGAGGAGGGGGAAGCAGACUGAAGACCUUUCAACCCAUCUCAAACCUGCUUUCCUGGAGCCCACCUGCAGGCUGAGCAGCAGUGAAUCCUGUCUCCCCUCCUGCUGAUUGACUGUGGAUAUGCUGGCAUCCAGGAUGGAGACAGUGGAAAGUGAGAUCCUGAUUGAUGAGGUGAAGGAGAUGAGUGGAAGAGCUGACGUGACUCUGGACCCAGACACCGCCAACCCCUUCCUCAUUCUGGCCAGUGACCAGCGAGGGGUGGGACGGGGGCACCAGUGGACCUUGCUGCCCAACAACCCCGAGCGGUUUGACACGGAGCCGUGUGUGCUGGGCAGCCAGGGCUUUGCUGUGGGGAGACACUGCUGGGAGGUGGAGGUGGCUGAGGCAGGGGACUGGUGGGCAGUGGGAGUGGCCCAGGAGUCUGUCAGGAGGAAGGGGGUUCUCAGUUUUACGCCCCAGGAGGGGAUCUGGGCCGUGGGGCAGUGGUUUGGGCAGUACCAUGCUUUCAGUGAUCCUGACUGGACCCCACUGCACCUUACCUGCCUCCCCAGGGCCAUCCAAGUCUGCCUGGACUUCACAGAGAAGCAGGUGACUUUUGCUGAUGCUGAGAGCGAAGCCCUAAUCUUUGCUUUCCGCCUGGCCUCGUGUGCUGGGGAGAGGCUGCGCCCGUGGCUCUGGGUGGGGAUGGACUCAUGGCUCAAGCUGUGCCCCUGACAGGGAGGGAACAUGAGGGGCAGGGGAGAGACUGGAAAGGCGAACGCCAUCACCUUGGGUCUUGGUGCUGGGAACUGGAAGGGUCCUGCAUCCUGCUGGCUUCUCCUCAUGCGGAUCCUCUGGGCACCAAGGAGAGGACUGGCAGGUCAUAGAGGUGGAUGCCACAACAGAGCCUCCUUUAUCCCCCCAUCCCUCGGCUGGGACAGCAGGGACAACAGGGAGCACAGAGACUGGGUGCAGGGAGGAGCUUGGUGCCCGGUGGUCCCAUGGCAGGGAGCAUCACUGAGUGCCAGGGCACUGCAGAGCUGCUCUGUACAAGGCCACACCUCCCCCAAGGGUGCUGGCAUAGUGCCUCUGGCUUUUUUAAGUUAAAAAACCCCAAACAUAGCUGAAUAUUCAUGAUAACACUUAUCUUCCCCACACAUCCAGAGCCUGUCCUUGCACAUCAGUGCACCAAGCACAUUUCUUGCAGCAGAGCACUGGUAGCAGUGCAGGGGCAGCCCAGGAAGGAAAGCACAAUGCUGAGCUGUGUCUGAAACCCACAGGAGAGGCAGGAAUCCACAAGAAUGGCCACAGAUCUGCCAUUCUCAAGGUCCCACCUCACAGGAUCCUGCUAAAUCCUGUCCUUAGGAGAGGAGAAGGUGGAUGUAGGUGAAGGGGGACACUGCCUGGGUCCAGCCUAGAUUUCAUCUCUGAAGACUUUUAUGGUUGGGCCUUGUUUACUGCCACUUCAGUUGUCAUCGUUGUGGUGGCAUCUGGGCACAGGCAACAAUAUUGGUCUCCCUGCUCUACUCCAGGAGCUGCAGAGUUGCAGCACUGGAUCAAGCCCAGGUAUCUGCCCCCAGAGCUCUGCCUUAAGCCUCUUCCACUGUGGUAGCAUCAAGACUGGGGAAACCCAGGGUUCUCUGCUCCCAGUGAGGCACUUCCUAGUCUCCAUGAGCAGGAGCCUCUGAGACUGUCCUAGUUUUGCUUGGGAUAGAGUUAAUUUUCCUCUCAGUGGCCGGCACAGUGCUGGGUUUGCGAUUUAGGGUGAGAAUAAUAUUGACAGCAACAACCAGACCAUCAGUCACGUGGUGUUUACCCCACCUUUUCAGUGUCUUAUGCUCUGCCAGCAAGGAGUUGCACAAGAAGCUGGGGGGAGAGCACAGCCAGGAUAGCUGACCCAAAACUGGCCAGGGAGAUAUUCCACACCAUAAAACAUUUUGCCCACUGUGUAAACUGCUGCUGGUGAGGGGCUGAUGGCUGCUGGGAGGCAGGCUGGGCACAGAUCAGUGGGUGCUGAGCACCUAUACUGGGCAUCUCUUUUUCCACUUGGGUUUUAUUUUUUUUUUCAUUACAAUUAUUAUUAUCAUUAAUAUUAUUACAUAUUACUUUAUCUCAAUUAUUAAACUGUUUUUACCUCAAAUCAAAAGGUCUUUUUCCCCCAUCCCCCUUGGAGGGUGGUGUGUGACUGUGUGGUGUGUAGUUGUCAGCUCGGGUUACACCAUGAUGGAGGUUCACAGCAGAAGGUUGGUGUAUGGAGAUGGCAGAUUGUUAGUUCUGUAUUUUUGUCCUUUAUCAUGCAAAACAUCCCAAAAGAGUUGUGCUGUGCAUUUAGGGGCACCUACCUCAAUCAAGAAGAAGAAAUUCCUUUCUGAAAGCCAGCUAAGUCCCUCAGACUGGAAAAAAGUUGGGUUUUUCAACAGAUUGGUGUCUGGGAACUUCUUCACUGGAAUUUUGUGGUUUGCAGGGAGUAAAUAUUUUGCUCUGGUUUCCUUUUUGAUGUGCCCCCCAAAAAUUAAAUUUUAAAAAAUUA